AUGUCUCUGGCGUACCUCCAACAAGAAUCCACAACCGCUGCCCCAGACGCCCUCUGGAACGUCGCCUGGCUGCACUCCAACAACAUUAUUUCCGCAUCCGCCGAUGGUCAUCUGAGAAUCUACGACUCCUCCUCCCUCACCGCUCCUGUACACACCAUCCCGUCCCACCCCCUCGCCAUCUCUUCCCUUUCAGUCACUGCCGAUGGUACUAGAGCUUUAGCCGCGAGCUUGGACGGGACUGUAGUAGCUAUAGACACGGAUAGCGGGGAGAUCCUGGGUAAGGUGGAGACUGCAAGUGAAGCGAUUGGGGAGGAUGAAUUUGAGGUGCCUGCGUUCGCGUGCGCUAUCCACCCACAAGGCACGUCAUGGGCUUGGGCAGGCCGUGGCUCCAGAAUCGGUCUUGGCUCGAUCUCCGCGGAAGCCAGCUCAGAGGGCCAAGGCAUCUUGAGCGGACCCCGGUCGGCCGUGGAUGUCGGCAAGGGAAAGUUCUGUAUGGACCUGCAAUAUUCGCCUGAUGGUCGAUCUCUGGCUGUGUCCACAGAGCAGGGCCAAGUAAUCGUCCUCGACACCGAGUCCCAAUCUAUCGUUGCGUCAUACAACUCGCACAACAAAGCCGUCCGUACCAUCACUUGGUCUCCCGACUCUCAAUGGCUCUUCUCAGGCUCGGACGACAAGCUCAUCGUCCUUUACGACGUACGGGCAGGUUCCACCAAUGGUGCAGAGGGGCAAGGAGAAGGCGCUGUAGCCACUCUACCAGGGCACCAAAGCUUUGUUCUGAAGGUGGCUGCUUCUCCGGAUGGAAAAUUGCUGGGUAGCGUGGGCGCAGACAGCUUGGUCAAACUCUGGGACAUUUCCCAACGUACAUGCGUCUCCACCUCCUCCACCAACGCUGAAGCGUGGGGAAUCUCGUGGCAGCCUGCUGACGCCGGCAACUUGGCGCCGGGAAAGCAGUUUGCAGUCGCCGGGGAUGACAAGGUCGUCACCAUCUAUCGGGCAGCUGGUGCCGUCUAA